AUGAAUGGUGAAACGAACGGCCAAGUCAAUGGCCAUACCAACGGUCAUACCAACGGUGUCAAAUUGAAUGGGGAUUUGGGACAUGAUCAUCAUGAUUUAGAUGCCGUGAUCGUUGGUGCCGGGUUUGCUGGGGUGUAUUUACUUUACCAACUUCGCAAAGAAGGCUACAAAGCGAAGAUUGUUGAAGCAGGAACCGCCCUUGGGGGAGUUUGGCAUUGGAACUCUUACCCCGGUGCCCGUACUGACACACCAAUCUCUACCUACUGUCUGAACAUUCCGGAGGUAUACAACACCUGGACUUGGUCAGAAGAGUACGCAAGCGACCAGGAAAUCAAAGCUUACUUUCAACACAUCGACAAAGUCUGUGACAUCAGUAAAGACACAAUCUAUGGUGAAAGAAUUACCAAAGCCACAUUUGACCAAGCUACCGACAAGUGGCAGAUUGAGUCUGAUCAAGGAACAACAUUUACCGCCCAAUUCUACAUGCCUUGUCUCGGAUUCUCCUCAAAAAGACUUGAACCUUCAUGGCCUGGCAUGAGGGAUGUCUACAAUGGCAAGAUCAUUACUCCUGAUGAUUGGCCGGCUGGCUUGGAUCUCACAGGCAAGAAAGUGGCUAUUGUGGGAACAGGAGCAACUGGCGUUCAGAUUGCCCAGGAGGUAGCCAAAACAGCUGGUGCUCUGACAUGCUUCGUUCGCACCCCAAAUCUGUCAUGGCCAAUGGUGUCGAGGAAAAUCGACCCUGUGAAAGCCGAUGAGGAAAGGCACCGUCUGCCCUAUCUUCUGGGGGAGUUUCGCUUCACCACCGUCGGAGGAUUUCUCUUCGAAGAAACGAGUCGUUGCGUAAUGGAUGAUACCCCAGAGCAACAAGAGGCCGUGCUCCAAGAGAUGUAUGACUACGGUGGCUUUCGAGUAUUCUUCCAAGGAUACAUUGAUGUGUUGGGCACACAAGAAGGCAAUGAUGUGAUUUAUAAUUUCUGGCGCCGGAAGACCCAUGAACGUAUGACAGAUAAGAAGAAGGCUGAGCUCUUGGCACCGCUCAAGCCACCACAUCCAUUCGCCGGGAAAAGGACUUCCCUCGAGACCGGAUAUUACGAACAGAUGGAUAAGCCUCAUGUCACUUUGGUAGAUGCCAAAAAAUUCCCAGUGGUCGAGGUGGCUGCCAAUGGACUUGUCACUUCUGAUGGAAAACUUCAUGAAGCUGAUUAUAUUAUCCUGGCCACAGGGUAUGAUGCUGUGACGGGAGGGUUCCGUGAGAUCGAAAUGACUGGCCUUGACGGAAUUACUUUGGAGGAGAAAUGGAAAGACUCAACAACCUCCUAUUUGGGUCUCAUGGUCUCAGGCUUCCCGAAUAUGUUUUACGCUUAUGGCCCACUGUCCCCUACGGCAUAUGCAACUGGUCCUGCCGUUGUUGAGUCACAGACGCACUGGAUGCUAGACGUAAUGAGAAAGAUGAAGGAGAAAGGAGCUACUCGGGUUGAUGCUACCGUGGAUGCGGAACAAAAGUGGAGGGAGAAGAUCAAUAUGAUCCAUGCAUGGACUUUGAGGGAGAAGGUGGAGGGAAGUUGGUAUCUUGGACUAAAUGUACCUGGAAAGCGACGUGAAACCCUCAUUUGGGCCGGAGGUCUACCCAUGUACAGGAAAGAGAUCUGGGAUGCAAUUGAGCCAGAGCUUAAAGGCUUCACACUGAGCUGA